AAAAAAAGGUGUGAAACACCAAGACGCUGCCGGUUCCUGCCUCGUGCCCUUUCCCACAGUCUGUCUUUCUGCGCACUCUCUCAGGGCUCCAUGGCACGCAAGGGUGACAGUGGUGCUCAUCUCCAAAGUUUCAUGCUCAUGGAGCCGGAGAGUGAGAGUGCGCUGGUCCGGUCUAUCUACUACGGUAAAAUCGGUAAGGGGAAAACGGAAAGGUUGCUGGAGAGGCAUGGUAGAGAGGGGAGCUUUCUCCUGCGGGACAGUGAGAGUCUGCAGGGAAUGUAUUGCCUCUGCGUGAGAAAGACACCGUACGUCCACACUUACAGAAUCCACCACUCCUCUGAAGGAUGGACACUUCAGUUAUCUUCUGGGCAGAUGCUGCAGUGUUUCAGGAGUCUGGAGAAGCUGAUAGAGGGCUGCAGUGAGGGGGUCGGUGCUGACAGCAUACCUCCGCUCACACACCCCCUGGACAAAACACAGCUGAGACACGAGAGGCUGCGGAGCGAGACGGCCUAUAUGGAAAUGUGAAGUGGGACAACUUGUACAUGUGUGUGUGUUUGUGUGUUUAUACGCACAUGUGUAUUCAAUUGAACCCUUAGACAAUGCUUUUGUUUUUUACAAAAGUGCACCUGUUUAUGUCUGUUGUUCCACAACUAGGCAUGUGGUUUCCCAUGGAGGGAUGCUUUGACGUGUGUGUGUGUGUGUGUGUGUGUGUGUGUGUGUGUGUGUGUGUGUGUGUGUGUGUGUGUGUGUGUGUGUGUGUGUGUGUGUGUGUGUGUGUGUGUGUGUGUGUGUGUGUGUGUG